UAUCCACUUCCAGUUGACCAGUGAAGGCUGGUGAAGCUCAAUGUAGUUUACGAUUUGGCUUUCCACAGUUUUCAGGUAGUAUGUGGAAGUUUUUAAAAAUAUUUUGGACCCUGUGUUUCGUGGGGGGUGAGGUUUACGCUCAAGGGAAGACUUGGACGCUCCCAUUCCCAUCAGAAGCAUACUCGGAAGGAGAAUGCAUUUCACCACAAGUAGUAGACAUUGAUGUGAAUUGGAUUAUCCAGCAAAAAACAUUUUAUAUUCCCAUCGCUUCGCAAUUUGCCCUUCACAGGUAUGCUGAAACUCUGCUGAGUCGGCCAGCAUCAGACCAAGAGUUGAACUCAAUGUGUCUCACUGUUGAAUCGUCUCAAUCGGGGGCUGCCCUUAAUUUGACCGUCGUAGGAUUCGAGUUUCGCGAAUUUCGACAAAGUUGCACCCCUGGCGCAGGACCUGGACGAAUUAACUGUUUCGCUACUGGGAGCUCGGCUGGGGUUAAUCCUACCAAAACAAGAGCAACGGAAGAUUUCGUCGUUGCUUGGGAUGCCCGUUCUUAUAUGAUAAUCGUUCGUUGUGUCGACGGAUUUUUUAGAGACUUUUCCGUUUUCUCAACCCGACCCACCGUCUCGCACGACGUUUACAGCAGCGUGCUCAACGUAACGAGACAUUUAGGCUUUGAUGAAAGACGAAUUCAAACCAUGACAUAUGACAAUUGUCUUCGAACUACGGGUGGACUCAGCACGUCGUCCAAUUUCAACGAUAGAACAGGUCCAUUCACAAAUUAUGUGCUGGCAGCACCAUUUGCAAAUGUGAGGACGGCCGUUGUACAGCCGGUGGUCAGGGUCCAACAUCAAGCUGGACCACCUCAGUCGGUCCCAUUAGUUCAACGCCCUGCACACGGGGUUUCACAUGACCAUAAUCCACAAGGUCAUGGUCACGUUUAUGAAGAGGUGCACGGAAACCAAGGCCAAGGUUUGGUGCAAGGUCAUGUCCAACAGCAGCAGUUCCCAUUUGGACCUGGAGGAGGAUUUCCUGGAGGACCACCGGGAUAUUCCCCAUUUGACAAUGGUUAUGGUCCCGGCCAAUUCAUUUAAAUAUGUGUUUUGAUUAAUAUUUGCGUAGUUAUUUUAGUGUGGUGAAUUUACAUGGUAUUUUUUGCGCAAGCAUUGCAUAUCUACAUUUUCUUGUUUAUUUUAUUUUAUUAAAUUAAUUUACAUAUAUUUAAAUAUGGUGAUGGUUUAUUUUUGAUUAAAUAGAACGUAAUAUAUGUGAGUAAUUAUAUAGUUCCUGGUUUUGGUUAAGUUGUAUAAUUCAAUCAACGUUGGGACAAUUAAUUAAAUAAAUCGUCCUCUAUUCUGUACUAAAUACUGGUAUAAAUAUAUGUACGUAUAUGUUACAUCAAACAAUUAUUCAGUAAAUAAUUGCGUGAAUAAAUAUGUAUCUACGCAUGAAAUUAGA